AUGGCAAAUUAUUUCAUUUUCUGGACACUGCGGGUCUCACAAGUGCUCAGUGAUUUCUAUUGGUCUUAUCAGGACUACUAUUUAGCGGAAUGGUGCUUUAAUCAGACCUACAUAUCGGUGUUUAUACGGUGUUUUGGUGUGCUGCUCAUUUCUUUUCAACGGUACAUUUCUCUAUGCAAAAGCAACUGGCGCAUUGAACAGACCAUCAACAAUUCGCAGAGAUGGAUUUUGCCUGUGUUGCAGUGGGUGAUACCAAUCCUCUAUUCUAUUCCGCUUAUCAUCGUAAGUACCGCCAUUUUUGAAUCAUCGGAGAGCCUCGAGGUGAUAGCAGCCCAAUCCGAUAUAACGCUUGCCACUUUGAUGGCCACUGUUUUUGUUUCCGUCACUUUCAUUGAGUGCGCCUUUUGUUACGGAGCUAUUCUGAGGUUCCUGAUGGAGAAUCGACUGGACAGCUGCGAAGCAAUGAAACGAGAACGUCGUCUCUACGUGCAAAUGCUAGGACUGUUAGUCGCGUUUUUACUUAUGUUCGCUUACAAUAUCUUGCAGUUCAUAUUUUCUCUGUAUACAAAUAAAGGCCCAAUAUUCGAAAUGAGAACGAUAUUCCCGGUCAUCAGUUGCUUCUUCUCAUAUAUUAAUGCUUGGAUGACUCUGAUUCUAAAUGACGACAUAAGAAAGAAAAUUGUUAUUCUGCUAGGAUAUCGUGUAAUUAAGAUUGAGCUGGUAGCUCCGAACAGGACUACUCACAAGGAAAGCUCUCUGAAGUACAACUAUAAAAUUCACACUAUGAGAGAAGAACAGAAAUCAGAUGAAAGAUAG